GCCCUCCAUUUCAGUGGGAAGCGUUAUCAAUAAUGACUUCUCUUUAGGCUGGGAAGCCCAGGAGACCACCUGUAACUGCAGGUUUAGGGUGGGGAAGGGGGAGACAGUGAGGAGGCGGGGGCUGCCCAAAGACAGGAAACCUCCUCCCUCAACCUUCGAUUCAGAUCUUCUCCAUUAAUUUAGUAUUUCUGGGGCACCCACCCUGUGCAAAACGCCGGCAAUUUGAUUUCUUUUUUUCUUUCAGAAAGGGGGGAAAAAAAACCCUGCAGUCCCUAAGCCAAUAAAUAACUCACCUGAAGGUCAGAAAACCCUCCCCCCACUCUCCCGGGGGUGCCUGGGAGGGAUAGAGAGCCGGGCAGAAAUCGCAGUGGAAAUCCAAAGGCUAACGCGAUUGGCAACGGUCUGGAGGCGUCGUCCCCGAGCGCGACCCUGCGCCACGAUGAAGAAGGCAGCCGCGGCGCGACGGUCCUGAAGUCCCGCGGCGCCCCCUCCCCCGCGGCCGAGCCUGGCCGGGCGCCGUCCCUGGGCGUGUGCCCCGCCGCAGCUCGCGGAGCCUCCGUGGCUCCUGCAAAAGGGGGCGGGGAGCGCGGCGAGCGGCCCGAGUCUGCGGCUUCCUCCCCACGCCCGAGCCUCCGCGCAGCGCCCAGAGGACGCGCGCCCGAGCCCGGUCCCUACGCCGCGGCGCGCCCGGGCCCCCGGCCCAGGCCAGAACAAUCGACCAUGACAACCGAAUCGGGAUCAGACUUGGAAUCGAAGCCGGAGCAGGAGGCCGAGCCCCAGGAGGGUCACGCGGGGGCACAGCUGGGGGCGCAGCCAGGAGCCGAGCCGGGCACUGAAGAGCAGCCCCGGGCACUGGAGCAGUUGGAGGAGGCGGCAGCGCACAGCACGCCCGUGAGGAAGGAGGUCACUGACAAGGACCAGGAGUUUGCCGCCGGACCUGCCAAACAGCCCGAAUAUCAGCAAUUUGAAGACGAUAAACUUUCCCAGAAAUCAUCUAGCAGCAAACUAUCUCGAUCUCCAUUAAAGAUUGUCAAAAAGCCUAAAAGCAUGCAGUGCAAAGUGAUACUUCUGGAUGGAUCAGAAUAUACCUGUGAUGUAGAGAAACGCUCCAGAGGCCAAGUGCUGUUUGAUAAAGUAUGUGAACAUCUGAAUUUGCUAGAAAAAGACUAUUUUGGGCUUACAUAUCGAGAUGCUGAAAGCCAGAAGAAUUGGUUGGACCCUGCUAAGGAAAUUAAAAAACAGAUUCGAAGUGGUGCUUGGCACUUUUCAUUUAAUGUGAAAUUUUACCCACCAGACCCUUCCCAGCUCUCUGAAGAUAUCACCAGGUACUACCUCUGCUUACAGCUGCGCGAUGACAUCGUGUCUGGCAGGCUGCCCUGCUCCUCUGUCACCCUUGCCACGUUGGGCUCGUACACGGUCCAGUCAGAACUGGGAGACUACGACCCAGAUGAGUGUGGCAGUGACUACAUCAGCGAGUUCCGCUUCGCGCCAAACCACACAAAAGAACUAGAAGACAAAGUCAUCGAGCUGCACAAGAGCCACAGAGGCAUGACGCCCGCAGAAGCAGAGAUGUAUUUCUUGGAAAAUGCCAAAAAGCUCUCCAUGUAUGGGGUGGAUUUACAUCAUGCCAAGGAUUCUGAGGGAGUUGAAAUCAUGUUAGGAGUGUGUGCAAGUGGUUUGUUGAUAUAUCGUGACCGACUACGCAUCAACAGGUUUGCCUGGCCAAAGGUUCUAAAGAUUUCAUACAAACGGAGCAACUUUUACAUUAAGAUCCGGCCGGGAGAGUUUGAACAAUUUGAAAGCACCAUCGGGUUUAAGCUGCCCAACCAUAGAGCGGCCAAGCGUUUGUGGAAAGUGUGUGUGGAACACCAUACAUUUUUCAGACUGUUGUUACCAGAAGCACCUCCAAAGAAGUUCCUUACCUUGGGGUCCAAGUUUCGUUACAGUGGCAGAACACAAGCCCAAACCAGGAGAGCUAGUGCAUUGAUAGACCGCCCAGCCCCUUACUUCGAGCGUUCGUCCAGCAAACGUUAUACCAUGUCUCGCAGCUUGGACGGAGCAUCAGUGAAUGAAAACCAUGAAAUAUACAUGAAGGAUUCUGUGUCUGCUGCAGAGGUUGGUACUGGCCAGUACAUAACAACAAAGGGCAUCUCUCAGACCAACUUGAUCACCACUGUGACUCCGGAGAAAAAGGCAGAGGAGGAGCGGGGCGAGGAAGACGACAGACGGCAAAAGGCCGAGGAAGCCACACCCGUCGCUGCCGUACGGCCCGAGGGAAAGUCACCCGGGCUUGGCACUGACUCAUGUCCCCCCUCCCCCCCAUCAGCCCGCUCUCCCCCUGCAUCUCCCACAGGGCUCCGCAGGAGGUGUAAGGAGAACGGGCACCCCCCGUCGGGGGUCGAGCCGGCCAGAGACCCCGGGCACCUGCACAGGGAGCCCACCUCGGACUCUGAUGGCCGAGGGAAGCCGUGCCUGGGGGACCACGAUGUGGCUUUUAGCUGCAAACAGCGGCCGGGCAGAGGGGCCACGCUGUUUUCCUUCUCCUUGCAACUCCCCGAGUCUUUCCCCUCUCUCCUGGAUGACGAUGGCUACCUGUCCUUCCCCAACCUUUCCGAGAGCCACCUCCUGCCCCAGAGCUUGCGGCAUUACCUCCCCAUCCGCUCGCCCUCUCUGGUGCCCUGCGUGCUCUUCAUCUUCUUCUUCCUGCUCUCCGCCUCCUUCUCAGUGCCAUACGCCCUCACUCUCUCCUUCCCUCUGGCUCUGUGCCUCUGCUGCCUGGAGCCCAAGGCGGCCUCCUUGAGUGCCUCACUAGACAAUGACCCGAGUGACAGUUCAGAGGAAGAGACCGACAGUGAGCGCACGGACACCGCGGCUGAUGGGGAAACCACCGCCACUGAGUCGGACCAGGAGGAAGAUGCAGAGCUCAAGGCACAGGAGCUAGAUAAAACCCAAGAUGACCUGAUGAAACAUCAGACCAAUAUUAGUGAGCUGAAAAGAACCUUUUUAGAAACCUCCACAGACACUGCCAUCACGAACGAAUGGGAAAAGAGGCUUUCCACCUCCCCCGUGCGACUAGCCGCCCGGCAGGAGGAGGCACCCAUGAUCGAGCCGCUGGUACCUGAAGAGGGCACAGAGGACUGGGUUAUUGUAGACAAAAUACCCACUGAGGUAGUUGAUGGUGAUUCGAAAAAGAUUGUGACGUACAAGGUGGUGACCGUGAGCACUAGAACUGAUGACAUCCCCGCCGACUCGUUAGGAUCUAGCGCCACUGAAGUGCAGAGCUUUGAAGACUUGGCCCGAGAAAUGCACUUGAAGGAAGAGAACAAACAGAAAAUAUACACACUCGGAAAGUCCUACGAUACCGUGUCUGGAAAAAUUGUCACUAUGACAGGAAAAGUCAAAGAAGGGGAGAAGGUGGUGUCCCCCUCCCCUCUUGAGCCAGGGCUGGCCGAGCCCAUGAAGAGCCCCCGUGUCCUGGCAGAGUUCGAGGUCCUGGGAGUCCUCACCGAGGACAGGACCAGGAGGGGGCCUGAGGUCCACACUCCAAAGCGGAGGCUGUCGGAGUCGCUGGCCCCCAUCAGGGAAGCCGAGUCCCGGCUGCAGAGCCCCGAGGAUGAUGCUCUUGAGAAAAGCCACGUGCCCGGGAGGGAUGCCAGUCUGGAGGGCGAGCGGCUGGGCAGAGCGGAGCCCGAGGCCGAGGCCGAGACCUUGAAGGUGGGGCCCUUCAGUCCCCGCAGGAAGAGCCUGUCCAAGUGGAGAUACUCCCAGGAACCGGCCAUCACCGUCGCCACCACCCAAUACGUUGUCACAGAGUCGGCCACGUCCCAAGUCGUGGUAACUGGUGCUGCCUUUGGGCCGCCGUUUCCGAUUCCAGCAUGACGUUUGCCAAGGCAGCCCUUCCACCCCGAGCCUUUCCAUUUCUCUUGCUGUUUGGCUUAUGUUGAGAGCCGCCAACCCAAGCUUUUUUGUUGUUUUCAUGGUUAAGUCACUACCGCGGUCUGACGUGAGCAUUGAGAUACCUGCCGUUUUAUUUCCAGCUCUUGUCCCCGAGGUGGGGUGGUGCUGCCGGGGCUUGAGGUGCCGGUGCCGGGUGAAAGGAUCCGCUUCACCCAGCACCGCCCUAACCCCAGGAACUCUCUCCGCUUUACCAAACCAGAGCCCCUGCUCACCCCGAUUUGCUGUUGAUUUCCCAUCCCUAUGUGUUUCCAAAUCUGUCUGUAGAUCCCUCCAUCCCUCGCCCUGGGUCCCGUGCCUACAGUUCUGUCUAACCAGCUGUGAAUGAGUACCUGCCCUCCUGUGUCCCGACCUCUGUGCUUGACUCUCCAUUUCUCUGUUCACUCAGACUAAACAGUCUUCUGGA